AUGAGUCGGCAAUGCAUCCUCGCGACUUCACAGCUCAAUCAAUGGUCGCUCGACUACGAUGGCAACCGUGACCGCAUCAUCGAGGCCGUACAAACCGCCAAGGCCGCUGGCGCGACACUCAUACUCACACCAGAGCUAAGUGUUCCUGGAUAUGGACUGCUUGACCACUACCUGGAGAACGAUGUGUACUCGAAUUCAUGGGACAUUACAGCAGAGAUCAUCUCACAUCCGGAUUGUCAAGACAUCAUCAUCGACCUAGGUCUACCAGUUCAACACCGCGGAUGUCGCUACAACGCACGUGUAAUCGCUCUCAAUGGCGAAAUUCUGGCAGUGCGACCCAAGCUAGACCUCUGUAAUGAUGGCAACUUUCGCGAGAUGCGGUAUUUCCAACCUUGGCCCAGACAGCAGGUUGAGGACUACAAGCUCCCGGCAGUCAUUCAGAAGCUCUCUCUCGGACAAACGACUUGCAGAAUUGGCGAAGUGGCGUUUGAGACUUUCGAUGCUUCAUUCGCAUCGGAGACGUGCGAAGAGCUGUGGACCCCGAACUCGCCCCACACGGUCUAUUCUCUUGCUGGGAUCGAGAUUGUGCUCAACUCAAGUGGCAGUCAUCACGAGCUGCGCAAGCUGCACACUCGAAUCAACCUCAUACUUGAGGCCACUGCGAAGAAUGGUGGCGUUUACAUGUACUCAAACCAACGUGGAUGCGAUGGAGACCGACUGUACUAUGACGGAUGUGCCCUGAUCAUGAACUCGGGCAAGGUCCUCGCGCAGGGAUCUCAGUUCUCAUUGCGGGAUGUGGAAGUCAAGACUGCGCUCGUCGAUCUGGACGAUAUUUGGUCUGCUCGCACCUCACCAAGCCGUGGACUGCAGGCAAACAAUCCCGAAGUACGCAAGAUCGAGCGCAUCCAAGUCAAGUUUCACCUAUGCAAAGACCCGGACAUUGUCGAUACCAAAAUCCAUCUGACCGAAGCGAUUGAGCCCCACUACCAUCUUCCGGAGCAGGAGAUUGCCUACGGACCUGCUUGCUGGAUGUGGGAUUACCUGCGGCGGUCCAAGGCUGCAGGGUUCCUUGUGCCUCUCAGCGGCGGGAUUGAUAGCUGUGCCACAGCUACAAUCGUCUUCAGCAUGUGCCGGCUUGUUGUAGCCGWAAUCAAGCAGGGCAACAAGAUUGUCAUUGAAGAUGCACAGAGACUGUGCGGCAAAGAUCCAACUGGUCUCACCGCCGAGCAGUUCUGCAGCCAUAUCUUCAGCACAGUGUUCAUGGGUAUGAAGGAGCAGUCUUCCAAGGAGACUCGAGGUCGCGCCAAGGAACUGGCGGAAGUAAUCGGCGCUCAGCACAUCGAUACCAAUAUCGACGAUAUGGUGAAAUCCUUGCAUGUCCUCGUCUCAGGCGUCAUCGGUAUGGAGCCCAAGUUCAAGGUUCACGGCGGUUCUUCAGCGGAAAACCUGGCACUGCAGAACUUCCAGUCGAGAUCCCGCAUGGUCUUGGCCUAUGCUCUGGGUCAGCUUCUUCCGACCUCGCGGGGUAGCACUGGUGGGUUGCUCAUCCUGGGGUCGGCGAAUGUCGAUGAGUGUCUUCGCGGCUAUCUUACCAAAUACGAUUGCUCCUCGGCCGACAUCAAUCCAAUCGGCGGGAUCUCCAAGACGGAUCUCAAGCGCUUCAUCAAGUGGGCAGAGAAGGACUUCAAGCUGCCGAUCUUGCGCGAGUUUCUCGACGCCGUACCUACUGCGGAGCUUGAGCCCAUUACCGAGACCUAUGUUCAAAGCGACGAAGCCGACAUGGGAUUUACCUACGACGAGCUCUCGACGUUGGGCCGCCUCCGCAAGAUAUCCAAAUUCGGCACCGUCAGCAUGUUUCGAAGAUUGGUCGUCGACUGGAGCGACCGCAUGACCCCACGUGAGGUCUACACCAAAGUGCGCAACUUCAUGUACUACUACGCCAUCAACCGUCACAAGAUGACCACCAUGACUCCGGGGCUCUACUUGGAAUCCUACACUCCAGAUGACAAUCGGUUCGAUCUGCGGCCGUUCCUCUACCCAAAGUUCAUCUUUGAGCACCGCAAGAUUGAGAACAUUUUGAAGAAGAUGGAGGAAGGUGAGGCUGGACCUCGACCUGCUACCUAA